UUUGAUGUGAAAUCGGCUUUCAGGAUUAUGUCGGUACACCCUCAGGACUUUGAGUUGCUAGGCUUGUGCUUUCAAGGUAAAUACUACUUUGAUAAAUGCUUGCCGUUUGGCUGUUCCAUAUCAUGCUCAGUGUUUGAAAAAAUUCAGCACCUUUUUGCAAUGGUGUGUCCAGCAAAAGUUGCCUAACGGCCAACUCAUGCAUUACCUUGAUGAUUUUCUCACAGGCAGAAACGAAAGACUGUGGUGACAACCUUGAUACAUGUCUCAGUACUUUCCAGGAGCUGGGCGUACCCGUAGCACAUGAGAAGACAGUAGGUCCUGCAUCCUGCUUAACAUUCCUAGGUCUUGAAAUCGACACAGUCAGGAUGCAGGUUAGAAUACCACAGGAAAAGAUUGUAAAUAUCAACGCAAUCAUACACGAUAUGCUGGCCUCAGUGGGAACGAUUCCGCAAUGCAGCUCCAUCAGCCAACCUGCAUCCCACACCACUUCCAGACAAUCUCUGGCAGGGCUAACAAUCGAGGCCGAGAGGCUCCUUCAGCAAUCAUUGGCGGCAAACACGUGGGCAAUUUACCAGGCAGGAACCCAAGCGUUGCAAGCAUUCAGGGCAUCACAAAACCUGGGAGAUGUCUGGCCGGUUCCAAUAACUCAUCUGGUACAUUUCAUUGCUCACCUGUCAGUGUCAGGACAUGCACCGAGUACGGUAAGGACGUAUAUGGCCGGUAUCUCAACGUACCAUAGGCUACACAGCAUGGAAGACCGCACCGGCCACUUUGUUAUUACUAAAAUGAUUACCGGGAUGCAAAAGUGUCAGGGGAGGCAGGAUCACAGAAAACCAAUAACAAUAGACCUGCUCAAAGUAAUUGUAAACAACCUGCAAUUUGUCUGCUCUUCUACCUAUGAAGUAAGAUUGUUCAAAGCAGUAUAUUGCUUGGCCUUCUUUGGUUUCUUUCGGGUGAGUGAACUCGUGCAAACCAAACUUUCUCAGCCAGGGUGCGCUUUCUUAGACCUAGAAGUCCAAGACACAACUAAGACAGUAACAGUAACUCUAAGGCAUUCAAAAACGGACAGGCAGUCACAUGGCAUAGUUGUUUCCAUUUCCGCCAUACCUGGCCACAAUCUGUGUCCAGUGGCUGCAGUUAAAGCAUACCUAACAGUUCGAUCACAGGGUCAGACUCAAGCUUUCGUACACUUUGAUAAAUCUCCCCUGACCAGGUAUCAAUUUCAGGCCUGCUAAAAAGAGCACUGGCGCAUAGCGGCAUCUGCACAGCAGCAUACUCUCCAUAUUCCUUCAGGAUUGGCGCAGCAACGACAGCAGCCGGUAACGGAGUGAGUUCAGAUUUGAUACAGCACUUUGGUAGGUGGAGGUCAGAAUGUUAUAAAAGCUAUAUACGCAUACCUGCAAACAUUUAAAUCGC